AUGGUUGGUGGCUUCUUCAGGCUUGAGGAGCUUCAAGUUUUGGAUAUCAAAUUUCUACAUGGUUGUCCGACGCCUACAAUUGUUGUACUUUACCAGGAUAACAAGGAUGCCCGUCAUGUUCAAACAUACGAGGUGGCUUUGAGGGAUAAAGAUUUUAUUGAGGGUCCAUGGUCUCAGAACAAUCUUAAUAAUGGGGCAGAGUUGCUAAUACCAGUACCUCCUCUACUUUGCGGUGUCUUAAUUAUUGGAGAAGAAACCAUUGUGUACUGUAGUGCCUCGGCUUUUAAAGCAAUCCCAAUCAGACCUUCUAUCACAAAAGCUUAUGGGACGAUUGAUGCCAAUGGUUCUCGCUACCUACUAGGGGACCAUAGUUGUCUUCUUCACCUACUUGUUAUAACCCAUGAAAAAGAGAGGACUUUCCUGGGAUAUCAAACGGCAAUGUGCCCGAGAGGAAUGCUUCUGAUCCAAAUAAUUUGCCUGAGUCAUCCAGUGGAACUGGAAGCUGCCAGAACUUGGAUGAUCGUGCAGCUUCUAAUGGUGUUGCUUCAAGUUCAGAUCAAGAUGCAUGGUCGUCUGUUCAGGAAAAAGCUUUGGUUCAAGCUUUGA